AUGCUCGCCCGUCUCACAAGCAGCGCUUCCAGGAAGCCUAUAGCUAAGCCCGGGGACAAACCCAAGCCAAAGCCUACAGAAAAAGAAGAAGAGAAUAAGGAAAACCUCGACAAACCCCUCCCUAUCCCCACAGAGAGGAAAAGACCAGGCACAUCUGGCACUGAACUCGUCCUUCGGGCCGACCGCGUCGAGGCCUCGACAGCUUUCCAGCGAGCACAGAGAGCAGAGCAAGAAUACCGCGCGAGACGACAAGCAACAAUUGCGAGGAGUGAUGCCAAGGCUGCAAAAGUGCAUUUAGGGGAGGCGGGGAAGCAGUUUAGAGCUGGGGUUUGUAGUUCCUUCAUUGCCAUCACUCUCCCAAACUCUCGUACCUCUCGAGUUGUGAGAGAGAAGAAAUCCGUGUGGAAGGAUAACAGGGAGAAGAAACGGCUGGAGAGGGAGAAAGCUAAGAAAGAGAAGGAGGAGAAGGAGAAGGCUAGGAAAGAGAGGGAGGAGAAGGAGGAAGCGGAGAGGAAGGAGGCCGAGGAUAAGGAAAAUGUGGCGCCAGAGGAUGAAGCUGCUGCCGCGCCCACUGCGUAA